GCUAGUUCAGUACGUCGUGGUCCCGGCUAGCGUACGGUCCCAGGGAUUUUUUUCUCGUGGUUAAUAAUCUAGUUAUUAUAAAAACUGUCGCGAGUUUUAUAUAAAUUGUUACUUAUAUACAAAAUAAAUAGUUAAAAUGAUAAUUAAAAAUAGCAUUAAAUAAUUUUUGUUAAGUCAUUGAGUUUAUUAGCUCUCUAUUUACACAAUUAAUUGCUGUUGAUAAGAAGAGAAAGAAGAGAAAGAAAGGGAAGUUGUUGUUUUGGCGAAUCAGCGCGGAAGUGGCUGCGAGUUUGCAGCGAUCGUGGGGAAAGGAAAAGCCGAGAGCGGGAGAGAAAAAUAAAGAGGGAGAUAUAGGAUAAUAAAAGGCAAAUAAGGAGUAAAGUGCGCUGUCGAUCGUACGGUUCAAAGCAGCUCUUGAUGACCAUAUUUAAAUAUUUUCUAUUGUAAAAAUAUUGAGUAAACUUUUUUGAUGUAAAGUACGGAAAGUUAUUUCACAAACUCAUCAUAUUCACUGAUUGUUUGAUACAGUGAUUGUAAAGAAGGAAACAAGUCAAAUAAAAGAUAAAAGUGCGCGUGAAUCUCUGUUAUCAUCCAAAGACUUGGAUCAGAUAUGCGGAAGAAAAUUUAUCAGUUUUAUUGACAGUUCACGUUUUUCAGUGCGGGAUAAGUGACGAGGUCGAGAAUAAAUAGUGUUUGCGCAAAGGAUGUGCUGAUAUUAUUUUUACUCAUUGGAUUACCAUGCUCGACGCGGCCACAUGGCACAGGUGGCUGCAGUACGAAGUUGAAGGUAUUCUAAAGGCGAGACACGACUGGACAAGGUAUGUCCCAGAAAUAGCCAAGAGAAUUCAAUCAUCUUCUUGUAGAAGUCAGCCUACCAUGUUGUUCAGGUGAGCGGGAGGGAGGCGCUGACCGGUGGCGGCGGCGGCCAUGCGCCCCGGCCCGCCAUCACCGAGCCGCCGCAGGCCUCCCCGUCGCCAGCAUUUGUCUGACCCAAAGAUCCAUCAUCAUCAUCAGCGUAGCCAAGAUUCAGGAGGUGGUUGCACAAGCAUUCAAGCAAUUUUAUUGCUACUGUUGUUAGUGUCCAGCUCCUGUCAUGCUCUUAUAGAGCCAGUACUUGGAGACCUUCACCAACGUCUAGAUCAUCAACGAUCACUAUCCUCAACGCUUACUUCAACAUUAGGCUCAUCUUCCUCUUGGUCUAAUUUAACUAUUCAAGCCAAUCGAAAGCCUCAAAAUCUUACUAUUGGAUACCUUACUGCCAUCAAAGGUGGAUUGAAAGAAAGGCAAGGUUUAGCUAUCUCUGGAGCUAUUUCUAUGGCACUUGAUGAGAUCAAUAAUGAUCCAAACAUUUUGCCAAAUGUAAAGCUGGUGAUGAAAUGGGUCGAUACAAAGGGAGAGACUGUUGAGACAACCAAGGCAAUGAUUGAUAUGAUUUGCGAAGGGGUCGCGGCUUUUUUUGGGCCAGAAGGAUCCUGUCACGUUGAGGCUAUUGUUGCUCAGUCAAGGAACAUACCUAUGAUCAGCUAUAAAUGUAGCGAUUAUAAAGCUUCGAAGGUGACAACCUUCGCUCGAACAGAACCACCAGACACCCAAGUAACAAAAUCAGUGGUUGCUCUUCUUCUGCAUUAUGGAUGGACAAAAUUUUCAAUCAUCACGGAGGACGCAUGGUCGACGGUGGCAAAAUCAUUGGAGAACCAGGCAGUGAAGAACAAUCUGACGAUCAAUCAUUUCAGGACGGUGGAUGACCGGCACAAAUGCUGUGAGGAGAAGCUUCCUUGCUGUCAAGGAGUCUGGUUUCAGCUGAUUCAGGAGACGAAGAAUAUGACGAGAAUUUACGUCUUCAUGGGUACGGCCAUAUCGCUCAUAGACAUGAUGAACGCGAUGCAGAACCAGCGGUUACUGGACAACGGCGAGUAUAUGGUGAUCCAUGUCGACAUGAUGACUUAUUCGCCGAAAGAAGCACGGAAGUACUUAUGGGGACCGCAACAACAAACCGACCUGAAGUCAUGUUACGAGAUCAAGGAUUUUGUGAAACGUGCACGUUCUCUUCUCGUCGUAGCUUUGACGCCCCCAGCUCAAAGUUACGAAGAAUUCACGAAAAAAGUACGAGAAUAUACCAGCAAGGAGCCUUUCAACUUCCCUAUUCCAGAUAUUUUUCAUCUUAAAUUCGAGAAAUACAUUUCCAUUCAUGCGGCCUAUCUCUAUGACUCGGUAAAGCUUUAUGCAUCUGCACUUGAUCAACUAUUACGCGAACAACCUGAUCAUUCACUUGAAGAAGUAGCUAGUAAUGGAACAAAAAUAAUUGAAACAAUUAUCCGCAAGCAUACAUAUCUGAGCGUCAGUGGUCAGACAAUAAAACUUGAUCAGCACGGUGACUCUGAAGGCAACUUUUCUGUACUUGCUUUGAAAAAGGAAUUCUUUCAAUUCAACAAUUUUUCAUGUGACUAUCAAAUGAAGCCUGUUGGUCAAUUUCAACGUGGUGAAGUUCUAGUAUACAGACCAUCGGAAUCAAUGGAAUGGCCAGGUAAAAAUAAACCUGAAGCAGAGCCAGGCUGUGGUUUUUUGAAUGAACAUUGUCCUAAAGAUGACACCCACAUGCAUAGUAUCGUCGCAGCAGCAGUGCUAGCGAUCCUUUUAUUCUGUGCUGCCGUCAUUACUGUCAGCAUUUACAGGCGAUGGAAAAUUGAACAAGAGAUUGAAGGUCUUCUUUGGAAAAUUGAUCCUAGUGAUAUUCACGGCUAUCCUCAUCUCGAUAAUCUCAUGUCCUCACCAAGUAAGUUAAGUUUAGUUAGUGCAAUGUCUUAUGAAUCGAGAUGUGGAGGCCAAGUGUUUGCACAAACUGGGCAUUAUCAUGGAGUAGUUGUGCGAAUAAAAGAGCUUAAAUUCUCAAAGAAAAAGGAUAUCUCGCGGGAUGUAAUGAAAGAGAUGCGUGUGUUACGUGAAAUUCGACACGGAAAUCUCAAUUCAUUUAUUGGUGCAGUUGUUGAGCCAAUGAGAAUAUUAUUAAUUACCGAUUAUUGUGCCAAAGGAAGUCUUUACGAUAUCAUUGAAAAUGAAGAUAUAAAAUUAGACGAUAUGUUCAUUGCAUCAUUAGUACAUGAUCUCAUUAAGGGUAUGCUAUACAUUCAUGAGUCGUCCGUGCUAGUCUGUCAUGGUAAUUUGAAGUCUUCCAACUGCGUCGUGACUUCCCGAUGGGUUCUCCAAGUCUCAGAUUUUGGUCUUCAUGACAUGAGGCAUUGUGCCGAGUCCGAUAGUAUCGGUGAACAUCAGUAUUAUCGAAAUUUGUUUUGGAAAGCGCCAGAAUUACUUCGAGAUCCAAAUGCCCCUAUCAGAGGUACGCAAGAAGGAGACAUUUAUUCAUUUGCCAUAAUUCUGUUCGAAAUGAUCGGACGGAAAGGUCCCUAUGGAGGAGUAAAUUUAGAACCCAAAGAAAUUAUAGACAGAGUAAAGAAAUAUCCGGAAGAUGGUGAGCCACCAUUUAGACCCAACAUAGAUAUUUUAUCAGAAUCUGAAGCAGAUUGUGCUGACUACAUUGUAAACACAAUAACUGAAUGUUGGGCAGAAAGUCCGGAAUUGAGACCUGACUUUAAAACGAUCCGGACACGACUGAAGAAGAUGAAGGCUGGCAGACAUCGUAAUAUUAUGGAUCAGAUGAUGGACAUGAUGGAAAAAUAUGCAAACAACCUCGAAGAUCUAGUCAGUGAGCGCACGCGCCUUCUCUUCGAGGAGAAACAGAAGACAGAAGAUUUACUGCAUAGAAUGUUGCCUGAACCCGUAGCUAAUUGUUUAACAAAUGGAAUUGGUGUGGAACCGGAAGCGUUUGAUUAUGUUACGAUAUAUUUUAGUGAUAUCGUAGGAUUUACAGCAAUGUCAGCAGAGAGUACACCCUUUCAGGUCGUUAACUUUCUUAACGAUUUAUACACUCUUUUCGAUCGUAUCAUAAAAGGCUAUGACGUUUAUAAAGUAGAAACUAUUGGUGAUGCAUACAUGGUGGUAUCUGGACUUCCGAUAAAGAAUGGGAAUAGGCAUGCUGGGGAAAUUGCUUCAAUGUCUUUAGAACUGCUUAAUGCAGUAAAGCAACAUACUAUUGCCCAUAGGCCUAAUGAUACUUUGAAAUUACGAAUAGGAAUUCAUACAGGUCCUGUAGUAGCAGGGGUAGUAGGAUUAACAAUGCCACGUUAUUGUCUCUUCGGAGAUACAGUUAACACAGCUUCGAGAAUGGAAUCAACUGGAGAACCACUAAGGAUUCAUAUAAGUGCUCAAUGUAAAGAAGCUUUGGAUAAAAUUGGCGGAUAUGUUACUGAAGAACGUGGCAUGGUACAUAUGAAAGGCAAAGGAGAGGUCAAGACUUAUUGGCUCGUUGACGCUAAUGAAAGAGCAAUACAAAAACGAGAGGUUGAUAUCAACGAUCUUCCACCGCUAUUCUGUCGACCACGAAGAAGUCCAAAAUUGAAUCCAGACUCGCGACAAGCUUCUCUACUAGGUGGACUUGGUGCAGGAAGUAGAAGACAAUCAAGUGUCCCUAGACCUACAGCUGAAGAUUCCAUAUCACAAUGUGGAAAUUCUAGCCCGCUUCCACGACCGGUAAGACGUGGGAAAUAUGAACGAUCUCCACCUUUUCUAAUGGACAGCAUUUCCCGAAAUACUUUAGAUAAUGAAACAGUGCGCGAAAGAGCCGAGUGUCGUGCUGCAAAUAUAAAACUUGCACUUGAUGAUUUAUUUCUUGAGCCUGGUGGGAAAAGUGAGAAGAACACAAGAGUUUUGUCAACCAUAGCUUCAUCUUCAACAACAAGUGAUUAUCCAUCUCAAACGAUGAUUCGGGAGUCACGAUCUUUGGACCCUUUUCCUUUAGAGUUUGGACGAAGAGAUUCACCGCAAAUGUUAACUUGUAAAGAAAUGCGAAAAAUAUUUAGAUCUUUAGAAAACUGUGACAAAUAUUUCAGAAAUCUUUCGAAAGAUCAAUUAACAGAAAAACUUUUAAAUAACAAUUAUCCUAAUGGAAAUAUUAUUCUUGUACCGGGUACAAAUGACAAUUCAGUUAAUGAAGAGGCUGAAGAACCCCUUCUUGGUGAAGAAACUGUUUGUGCAGGUGAUGUAGUACCUGUAAAAAGAUGGAGAUCGUUAGAUCAAGUAGUGCCAACUCCUCCGAAUGAUACAGUUCCUGAUAAAAAAUCAUCAGCAAGAAAUUCAAUCAGGAGUUGGCUUAUGAAUUUAUUUAAUGGUAAUGGCUUGAGAAACAGCGAUGUUUCUUUAAGGCGAGGAGUUAUUACUGGCUAUGAUAUUCAAUCAGAGCGUGAGAGCAUUGUGUAAAUAAAUUUAAAAAAUACUUGUUAUUAAUGAUUAUUUUCAUCGUGUUAGAAAAACAAAUUUUAAGUCAAUCAGUUGAUUAGUACUUUUAUAGUCAUGCGAAAUUAUUAUUUUUUAUAUUUGCCAAUUAAAAAUCAAUAAUUUCAUAUUAAUAUUUACUGAUUGAUGUAUGAAAACAUAAUUUAUUUAGACUUUUCUAAAAGAUUGUUAGAAUAAAAAUGAGACUAGAAAUUUUGGCGAUGUAAUCAAACUAAAUGAUAAGUAAUUACUUAAUUAAUCAAUUUAUUGAUCAGUUUUAUUACAUAUAUACUGAACUUUGUACGUUGUUAAAGUUUAAAAGAUAAGGGUUAUACAUAGAAAUAGUUUAAUUACAAGCCAAUUAAAUAAUCAAUAUAUUUUGUUGCCAUUCAAAUACUCUUAUGUCAAUUUAUUUAAAAAAAAUAGCAGUUUAAUAAAAAUAUUAACGAUGUAAAAAUCCCACAAAUGAUAAAUUAAUUAUUUAAUUGAUCAAUUGAUUGAUAAAGUAAUUAAUAGCUUUGUUGCCAUUUAAACCUUUUUUUUUUCAUUUUUAUGAUAAAUUAAACUCGUUAGGAUUUAAGUACGUGCAAUGUGUAUGAAAGUUACCGAAAAGUGUAUAUUUUUUAAAUAUUUUGUAAUUUGUACUGGAAAGAAAAAGAAAUAGUUUGAAAGUAAUUAUUUUAUUUUAUUGUAUAUUUUUUUUAUUUUCUCGUGACACGCGAGUGCGAUAAGUUUUUUAAUUUGUCUGACGGAUGUUGUUUCGUCACAACCAAAGUAAAAAUGGACAAACGAGAGUAUGGAAGUAAGAGAGAAUGAAUGUUAAAGAUAUUCUUUCUGUUUAUAUGAAUAUAAUGUUGCUAAAUGAAUGAUAAAAAAGAAUCAUCAUUGUAUAAUCGAUUACUUUUAAUAUUUAGAUAAGUAUAUAUGCAAAAAAUAUUAUAAAUAUAUAGAUAUAACUAUAUAUAUAUAUAUACAUGAAUAUAUAUAUUUUUUUUUGUUCACUGAAGGAAAGCAAAUUAUCCGUAUGGCUGUGAAAAGUGAACUAGAUUGUACCUAAGGUGCUUAGUAAUAUAUCAAUGAUGUCAAAUGUAUAUAACUGAUAAAUAAUAAUGAAAAAAUGAAUAAUUAUUA